AUGUUUGAGUCGAGGCAUCCCAAACUCUGCUCUAUACCGCCAUUAUCCACGCUAUUUCAUCUGUACAUACUGUUUUUUUUCUCGUCCUCUUCUCUGCCUCUCCAUUCUGUCAAAUGAAGGUCCAUGCCUCUAUCAAAGGUCUUCUCACAUCCAAGAAGGGACGCAAACAUAAGUCAAACAUCGAUGACACGCGCGAGAAUUCGUGUUCUCCUGCAGUCUUGGUUACUCCUUCGUCGACCGCUCCUAGGCUUUCUAUCGACAGAACGUCUCCCCUGGAUGAACUGCUCCUUCCACCACCGUCUGUUGAACUGUCUGACGUGGACUGGGAGCUUCGGUCGCGUAGUCUGGAAAAGGAAAACGAGAAGCUAAGGAAGGAAGCUCUGGUUAGAGAAGAAGAGUACAAGCGGCUACAGAGGCUGUACUCCGCCCUUUUGAAGAAGUCCCAAUCGAUGAAUGUCAAUGGGAAAAUCGAGCGCAAAGACAAGAAACAGGCAUAUUCUGCCACCAAGUUUGCCGUCUUUGAGGAUAAACCUCGGUCACGGCCAAGGAUCAGCCGUGACACGUUUGUUUCUCGCAUUCCAGUUCGCAUCCAAGCUACUCCUUCGGCUUCGAACGGUGUUCCCUCGUCUCGACUUUCUCCUCUGCGUCUAAACAGGACGCAUACUCUGGAAACGCCGUCACUACUCAUGUCGCCUGCCGUCAUCCUCUGUUCCGCACAGAAGCCUGAACUUAGUUCACCGACGCCUGCUCCUCGUCCAGCCAUUCGAAAGAAGAAAUCUGGAGCUUCUUUGAAAUCUGCGCCUAACAAGAACCGAAGUCGCUCCGCUCCGCUUGCUACCCGUCGUAUCAAUUCAAAUACCGUUUCUUCCUCGUUUUUUACUCCAGUUUCGCAGACUAAAUGCCCCGGCGUGCAUAAGAAUACGUGUAGGAAAGGAAGGGAAAACGGUAGACCGGAUUGGACUUAGGGAAAGCGGCUUGGUUUAGCGUGUGGCCAUCUGUCCAUCCGUCCUAAUCUUGGAUUUCGGCUCGUCAAAGUGCGGCGUUUCUUCGUUUUGAGCACGGGCUUUGUGCGUGAACUUUCCACGAGCCUGAGAUAAUCUGUCUCGUAGAGGACAGGUGCAUAGCCGGCUGGGGACUUGCUAGUGUCCGUAUCAAGAUCACGAAGAUUAUCAGAAGAUUUGCGACGUGUCACAUCAACGACUACCCGGCAGGUCAUGCAAGACGGAUCUUGCAACACC